UUCUCGGACCAACGCUUCAUUCAAACACAAAACGCGGGAUAUUUCGGUGCGACGCAGCAAUUCCAACUUUGUUCGAAAGUGCGGUUUUUCGCGUUUUUUGGCGCUUUCGUUCAUUUGUCGUCGUGGUGCUUUAUUGAAAGUGAUUACGUCUCAACUGGUGUUCCGGUAUUGCCGUUUUAAAAAACAUGUGUGCGAUCCAGACCGGGCGUUUAUUGUGAUUUUUCGACGGACGUGUUUAAUAACGCUUGGAAAAAAUGUUUUUUCUUUGUCGUUAAAUUUUCUUGGAUUUAAAAUUUAAGGAAAAAUACGGGCAAUAUCGAUAAGACAUGUCAAGUAGUGGUUACACAUGUAUACGGACGGUGUUUUUCUUCGUUAACGUCUUAUUCUGGAUAACCGGAUGCAUUCUAUUAGGCAUCGGUAUUUGGCUACGUGUCGCCUACGAAGGCUAUGCGACACUCCUGCCUCAGUAUGCUCUCUUGGGUGCUGACGCCGUAGCGAUAACAGUGGCUACAAUUACGGUCAUCCUAUCCUUCUUCGCAUGCUGUGGAUCAUGGCUCCAGAGCAGAUGCAUGCUCAUUGUGUAUUUCAGUUUGGUGGUGGCCAUGUUCGUGGUCGAGUUCCUUUUGGGUGCAUUAGCCUUCGUUUAUCGGGACGGCAUCAAGCACACCUUCACCGAGAAGCUGCAGGACGGCCUGCUCCGUCACUACAAUAUGACCGAAGGCCCCAACAACCUCGUGGGAGUCUGGGAUAAUAUUCAGACUACUUUUAGAUGUUGCGGGGUGACGAACUACAUGGACUGGCAUAUGAUCGAUGCGUGGCAAGACAAGAAGUGGGUGCCUGAUACGUGUUGUUUACCGGCAGAAUUCGCAGCGGGGUGUGGUCGAAAUGGGGGUGACGCCAUUUACAAAACUGGUUGUUACGAAGUGAUAUACAGGUGGUUCAAAGAUCGGCUUCUGGUCGUCGGAUUGGUUGGGUUAACAGUUGCAUUUGUGCAGUUAUUCGGGCUGAUUUCAUCGAUGCUUCUUUUCUGCACUGUAAAACACAGAAGAAGGUCAAGAACUUACAAGUCCUACCAAUGAAUAAAAGACUUCAAUUUGAAUAUAUUCGGUCCGUACGGAAAAAGCAUAUGAAAUUGCUAACCUGCAUUUCUUAUCUAUUUUUACUUUCCCUUUACAUUGACUAAACUCAUCAAAUUUUCUAUAUUAUUUAUGUUAUAGUUGUAAAUAUUAAUAAGAUAUGUUAAGUACACGAGACAUGUUCGAAUAAA